CCCCACCCCCACACCCAGCCCCACUCCUAAAAAAAACUCCAUUUGUUGCAAAUUAUCCUCAUCUUUCUCAAAUAAUUUGGCAACCUCGAAUUUUGGUUGGUCUUAAAAUCAACAAAAAAAAGAAACAAAUCCAUUAUGGAAGCACAAUAUCAAAUGCCGAUGAUUAAUGAAGCAAACAAGAUUGACGUACAACCCCCAAAGCACCACGUACACUCGCCGCCGCCGUCGGCUUCCUCGUCUCCGUCUCACGAAUUCUCCUUCACCAUCUCCCUCCACCCUCCCUCCGCCGCCGCGAAAUCGCUCGACAACAGGGCGAAAUCCUCCCCGCCGCCGUUCGCCGCCGCGAUCGAUUUAUCCCCGGCCGACGAGAUCUUCUUCCACGGCCACCUCCUCCCCCUCCACCUCCUCCACCACCUUCCCGUCUCGCCGCGCUCCUACACCAACUCCCUCGACAGCUUCACUCUCCCAAUCAAGGAGCUGCUAAACGACGGCAGCAGAAGCAAUCACGACAACAACAACAACAACAACGACGACGGAAUUGUGAUCAACGGUGAUGAGAGCCGCCACGUGGCGGAAGGGAAGGAAAGGGGGAAAUCGAAAUCGUUUUCCCUCUUCGGAAUCCCUAAUCGGAAAAAGGAGAGGGAAGACGAGGAUCACAGUCAGAAGCGGAAAUCGAGAUUCGAGUUGAUUAAGAGGUUGAUGAAGCCGUUUCUGGCGCUGAGGGGGCGGCGGCAGAGCUCCGACGAGUUUCUCCGGCAGCAGGCGUAUUCGUAUUCGGGGAAUCUUAGGGUUAGGAAGAAGGCGAGCCUAGUGAGGGGGCGGAGGGGGGAAUUCUCGGCGCCGGCGACGAUGAAACACUCGCCGGAGAAUAGUGGGAGGCUGGUGGCGAGCGGCGCCGCCACUCCGACGGCGGGGAAGAGCGAUGGGACUAUGGAGGAGCUGCAGGCGGCGAUUCAGGCGGCGAUCGCUCAUUGCAAAAAGUCUAUCGCUGAAGAUAGUAAAAUCAAGCUCCAGCCAUAAUUUAUUUUUAUUUAGUACUUAUAUUAUACUAGUAAAGAUUAAUUAAAUUGAUUUUUGCUGAGUUUGAAAUUUUGGUGGGUUUUACGUUGGUGUAAAAUUGUUACGUAAGAAAAAUAAAAAUACAUAUUUUGAGGUUAA